GGUGUACUUACACUUGCUUCUCUCGCUAGACCAAUGGACUGUGUAAAAGAUAGUCAGAACUUUGUAACUUAUAUAUAACACUUCAAUAUAUUUUGAAUACAUAAUACCAACGGCUGGACGAAAUAAUUUGUAAUGGCGGAGUAUACGCCCGCGUUGGAGUUUUUUGACCGUCAACACGACCAACAGAACUUGCUUUUAGUAUCUGUGGUAACGCUUAUAUGUAUCUUUGGUUUAAUUGGAAACUUUCACGUAGUCUUAGUCUACACCUGUCGUUUGAAGACCAAGACGACCUUCAAAGGCUGUAUCGUGUGGCUGGCAGUCCUUGACCUUUUGAACUGCAUCACUGUCAUGCCAAUGGAUGUCACCUAUUUCAUGCAUCCAUACUCCGUCUACAAUUCCACUGGAUGUAAAAUGAAGCAUUAUUUGGGACAACUUGUGACCUUUUCCGCUGUGGCCGUGACAUUGGUCAUAGCUAUCGAUCGAUAUAGAAAGGUGUGUAAACCAACUUACCGCCAAAUUCGGUACCGCGAAGGGAGAUUACUCUGUGGAAUUCUGGUCUUGGUACUGGCCUUGGCUCUCACACCUGUUCCCGUCAUGAUGGGCAUGGAGGAUGUGGAAAUUGUGUCAUUCAACGUCACUCUUCAUAAGUGUGGCAUUGAUCAAUCUUACAAAGACUCUGUCGUUCCAAAGAUUGUCAUAUACUUCUUUGUGUGUGUGCUUUACGUGGCAUCCACGGCCGUUAUUGGUAUUUAUUUUCAACUUGGAAAGUAUCUUCGUCAACGUAACAGUAAACUAUUCAUCCCUGCUGCCAUACGGCGACGGAUUUCUCGUAAGGAGACAUUUUCCAAAGCUGAUUUACUAAAAAUGAAAGCUGACCCUUCAUUCCACCCAUCUCCGUCGCCAACGUCCACUUCCUCGGAUGAGAGCAACUUCGUGUCUGAAAACCAGCCACGUAGUGUGUUUCACACUAGAAAUUCUGAUCAUUUGGAAUACCAGUUUGAUGUCAGCGACAGAAAAUACAGUGUUUCCGAUAUCGACAGUGGCAUGGCAACUUGUAGUCAAACAAGCAGAGAUCGACGAGAAAUUGCAAAUGCUAGAAAAAGAAAAGAUGCUGUGACUUCCAUCGCUUCAAUGCCGGACGAUGUUUACCCUGACAAUUAUGAAACUGGUGAGUUUGUGAUUUCAAAAAUCAACGAUGAAAAUAAAGACGAAGAAAAUCAUUAUAUGACCAGUGAUGAAUUUCAUCGUUCAGGCGAGGAUAUAUCUGGUUUACACCUGGGAGUUCAUAGUGACACUUCUCAAAGUUACCAUGCCACCGAAAAAUAUUCUGAAGAGAUAACAACCUUGACUCGAAAUCAGAUUACCAGGAAACCACAGGUCGACCUUACUGGUAGUUGUAAAUCGUCAAAGAGACUUCUUGGAACAUUAGAUUCAAAUUUUGACGCAUCGAAUUAUCAGACGACCUCAACUGAACAAAGUGAACAUCGUUCCGAGAACAAACGAGUUUGUAAUUCUGUUUUCUACAACAGAAUUUCUUCAAAUGUCAACCAUGAUGUGUUUUUGUCAGAAAAACGGGAACGGCGACAACAACGAAAUAACACUGUGGUCAAGAUGUGUUAUAUAAUAGCGAUAGUGUGUCUGCUAUGUUUACUUCCGGCCACCAUAACAUUCCUUCUGACAUUCGCUAAUAUAGAUAAAAGCAAGUUUGGAUAUGUGUUUGUAAGACUAGGCCACAGAUCCCCGUAUCUCCGAAGUUGUCUAAACCCAUUUAUAUACGGAUUUCUUGAUACGAAAUUCAGACGCGCAUGCGUGGACCUUUAUGCCAUUUUUGCACAGAAAGUAUGUGGACGUUCAAUUAGACCAAAUCGGCAUCUCAGCCACAGGUCUACAUACCGAACGCAUUAUACUCUCAAUAACAUGGUACAUGUAGUGAACUAACUAUUGCUUGAUACAUCAUGCCUGCUUUUCUGGUUUAUUUUGCCUUUUUUACAGGAAAGAUACGUUGUGUGUCCCGAUAUUUAAUCCUUAUACUGAAAGUUUAACCUCUUCCCUUUUAAUCUUCAAGCGAAGACGUUAACGUUCGAUCGUAGUUUCACAGCAACAGAACCGUCACGAUCAAGUAUGAUGAUACCACUAGAUGCACAAGAAAUAACUCAAAUAUUCUGGUUGCUAGGGUUAAGGCCAGUCUUAUUAUUUAUAUAUGUGUGCAUAUCGUUUGUAAACAAUCAACAGCCUAUUUGUUUAUACAUCUCCACCAAAAUCCUCAACUCAAUGGUUAAUUGUUUUGUUUUAAAUAUUGGAAUAUCACGAACAAUAUGAAUGUUUAAGUUUCGAAGUUCAAGCUUGCCGACCUGUGUAUCUAUAUCUAUAUAGCUUCUCUUUCUUUUUCAGAUAAUUGUUGAUUUGAUUUGAACAUACAUGUAUUUCAUUGUUUAUGCACAAUUAGAUUGGACACAAGUUUUUAAUAAGUUAUAAAAGCCCUCUCCGCUAAUAUAUAUUACAAAGAUUGUGACAGCGACACAGUAUAUUUAUAAUGAUUACAAAGGAAGAAAAGCAAAGAAGAUGGACAGCUACACAUCCAAUUCACGUCACUUAUCCAUUGUUGUGAAGCUAGUUAAUUUAUAUCGUUUCCAAUGUCCCUUUAGGAGAGUUCUUGAUACUAAACUGUUUGAUACUAGUCAGUUUUUAUCUGGGCAUGAACUUUCCAUUUUUGAUAGCAACAUCGGUCUUUGCUUUUUUGUGUACCACUAGUGAAGAAUAGAAGCAAAUCCAUUAAAUAAUGAUAAGAUAAUGUAGAAAACCACGUCUUUACAGAUUAUAGACACCAGAGGUUCUAGAUAUCACAAUUGUGACUCUUUCUCAUCAUAUCAAGUUUUUAAAUCCAGACCUCACUACAAGAUAUAUACCGUAAUGUCAAAUGUAAUUUGAGAUUGCCUAUACCAGCACUACACACCUAACCAUCUCACUUUAUAAGUAGAUCCUCCAGUGUCAAAUAAUUCGCGCAGGAGUGAAGACGUCAACAACUUAUGUGUACCGACACUUGUAGAAUGUGUUUUAUUCAUUUUAUUGAUUAAGUUUUACAGCUCAUCAGUACAUAUAACAUGUAUACAAUAAAUAGGCUAGAAAUGUUUAUGAGAUCGCACAAUCUGCGAAACAUUUUCAUUUUAUCUUUCGAAAUGUUUCGGCCAGGACGCUUCGGUCUUUAUCUGACGAGGGUACUUGACGUACAAGGUGGACAUUUCCACAGACGACAGAUAGAGUAGUUCCUAUCUUUCAAUUACACCAUUAUCACAUUCUCCAGCAUCUUUUUAUUCUCUGUAGUAAACUGGACAAUUUCUAAUUGUGUUUCGUUUACAUAUACAAGAGUCACAACUGGACAAGUACUGGCCAUCAACCACAUGUACAGACACUUAAGGAGUGAGACGUAUAUUGUGUUUGGUAACAUUAUAGUUUGUGUAUAUGUAAUAGAUACAGUACAUUUGAAUAUUUAUUUCCAGAUUUGCUUUUCUGUUUAACUAAUGAAUUAUAAAAAGCAUUUGUAAUUCACUCUCGUGUGACAAAGAAAACAAUUUAUCAAUAAAUCAUUUUGAAUAUU